AAUAAUGCCUUCAGGUCCAGACAGGUGAACCAUCGACAGGGAGCACUCUUUACUCGAUUAGACCGCACUCUCCGUACAAGUUUGUUUUAAAAUGGCGGCAGAAGCAUCGACACAGGUAUGAAAUCUUAACGAUUCCGGAGAAACUUGAGAAAUGCGCUUGCUUCUAUGAUUCACAAAAGAGCGGAGAAGCACUUCCUGUCCUGCUGUGAUGCCGGGAAGGCUAAACCAACAUGUCUCUCUCAUUUUAAAAAGUGUUGGUUCCAUUUGAGGAAGCGCUCGUGAAAUUAGUGAGUUGGCGUCAGCGGCAAGUGCACUUGGCGAGCAAGUGCGGUUCAACACGGCGUUUGUGUGUUCACUGGCCGCAUUCCGACUGAAUUCCGGGGAAUUUAUUCGAAAACAAAUGAGCUGACUUCAGUGCUGUUCGUUUGGGCGAAGCUCCGCUGAGGAGGCUGGGAGUUGAUGGUGGUGCAGCACUAGUCACAGCAUCAUCAUGGACCACUCCGGCCAGCGCCUACCUGUCACCCACCUGUAGCUUUAACCGGCAGCAUGGCCAACACGGCCCACGACACACAGGACCGGAGGGAGAACCACUGUGUUAUGCCUGGAGGAACCAUAGUGGAGAAUGGCUCUGUGGUCAAAGACCCGACGGCCUCUCACCUAAAUGAUCACAUCAGCAAUCACUGCCAUGAGGCCAGAGCGGCCACACACAGCAACGCCGUCCUGCCCAUCUACAAGCCAUCCUGCUCGCCCGCUACUGUCCGUUAUAGCAGCCCACAGAAAAGUUACCCAGACCUGGAGCCAGACAACCACAGCCUGACUUCCCAGGACUCUGGUAUCCCCACUCUGGAGAUCAAUCCUCCGGAGCCCUUCCUUCACAGUCACCAAAGGCAAAGCGACGGAGGCCUUAUGCUGGAAUCAAGUCACGACACCCCCGCCACAUUACCUCUGGACAAUGGUCCCUCUGAUGGCACCACUGUACGAAAAUCCUCCACCUUUCCCCGCAGUGGCUAUGACAACAUCCGCCUCUUUAGCCCCACCCUCAGAUUAUCCUCCACCAUGGGAGCUGGUGUUGGGGGCGGAGCAUUAAACCGUAGUGAUGACAUCUCUGUGUGCAGCGUGUCAAGCAUGAGCACAGAACUGUCGGUCUCCAACGAAGACAUCCUGGAUUUCACAGUUACAUCUGACUCCAGUGCGAUUGUCACUUUGGAGACCGCCGACAGCAGCACUAACCACUUUUCAGAAGUGGUGUUGUCGUCUUCAGCGGGAACCUCCAGAGACUUAUGGGCGGCAGAAGCCAUGCAGAAAGAAGAGGAUGGGAGGCAGAGAAAAUUGGGACCACUAGCAAGUUUAUUUGCAAGGAGCCUGUUUGCCAGGAGAGUGAAGGAAAAUCAGCCUGUGGAGCAGAAGGAUCCUGGGUGGAAGCUGUUUGGGAAAGUCCCACUUCGGGAAAGCCCCCUCAAAGACCCUAAGAAAAUACAAAAGGAAUAUGAAACAAAGAGUGGCAGAGCUGGAUCUGGCAACCCAACAUCUCCGAGGCAGAGUGUGAGGAAAAACCUGGAUUUUGAGCCUCUCUCCACCACUGCGCUGAUACUAGAAGACAGACCUGCUAACCUGCCUGCCAAGCCAGCUGAGGAGGCACAGAAACACAGGCAGCAGUAUGAAGAGAUGGUGGCCCAGGUUAAGAAGAGGGAGUUAAAAGAAGCUCAGAGGAGGAAGAAGCAGCUGGAGGAUCGAUGCAAGCUUGAAGAGAGCAUUGGCACAGCAGCUCAGACCUGGAACCAAGACAUCCUGCCUAAUUGGAGUACAGUGUGUACAUCUCGACGAGUGAGGGACCUCUGGUGGCAGGGCAUCCCCCCCAGUGUCAGAGGGAAAGUGUGGAGCCUGGCUGUGGGCAACGAUCUCAACAUAACACACGAGUUGUAUAACAUCUGUCUGUCCCGGGCCAAGGAGAAGUGGAAGAGCACAGCGACACUCUUCACCGAGACUGAAAGUGAAGAUGUUGGUUCCUCAGACAGAGAGUCAAGUCUCGAGCUCAUCAAGCUGGACAUCUCAAGAACUUUCCCACAACUGUGCAUCUUCCAGAAGGGUGGGCCCUAUCACGACGUGCUGCACAGCAUUCUGGGAGCAUACACUUGUUACAGGCCUGAUGUUGGCUAUUUGGGAUACAUCCAUAUUAUCAUCACUGUGUGCUCUUACAGCAAAAUUGCUGCAUUUGCACUAAUGAGCAGUGCUGCUGUGGUUUGCCUUGCUGCUCCUACCCGCAGCCCCAUGCUUUUGUCUAUAGACAGCUUCAUGGACUGGGUUUCCAUGGCUGAGCAGCUGAAUCCUUACAUCACCAGGCACAGUGCAAAGCGUGGGAUGCAGUGGUGUAAAGCACACUGCCACUGGAGCAGUGUGUUCUCUGGAGUGACCAAUCACGUUCUGUCUGGCAAUCCAAACGAUGAGUCUGGGUUUGGUGGUUCCCAGGAGAACGGUCAUUUCAAAUUUCUGUUGCUAUUAGUGACUUCGUUUUACAUAGUGCUAGCUGAUAAUAACUUUUCCUUCCCAUCUGUUUGUCCCUUCAGGAUCUUCACUCUGUAUAGCAAGUCGCUGCCGUUGGACCUGGCGUGUCGAGUGUGGGAUGUGUUCUGCAGAGAUGGUGAAGAGUUCCUGUUCCGCACGGCUCUGGGAUUGCUUCGCCUCUACCAGGAUGUCCUGACCAGCAUGGACUUCAUCCACAUGGCUCAGUUCCUCACUCGCCUGCCUGACCUCAUCCCUGCCGACCAGCUCUUCCAGCACAUUGCUGCUAUUCACAUGACCAGCCGCAACAGGAAGUGGGCACAGGUCUUGCAGGCGCUGACGGAGCAGAAGAGAUCGGGAGCGAGGUUGCCCGGUGCUGAAGCGUUGAGCUGAGAUCAGAACAUAAC